CGUCUCGGCACUCAUGGCGGAAGUGGACCUAGUGGCUGAGUUCCCCCGACCCGCGGGUGCUGCGCGCUGGGCCGAAGUUAUGGCUGGCUUCGCGGCCAGGCUGGGCGCACAGGGCCGGCGGGUGGUGCUGGUCACGUCAGGUGGCACCAAGGUCCCUCUGGAAGCGCGGCCGGUGCGCUUUCUGGACAACUUCAGCAGCGGGCGGCGCGGGGCCAUGUCGGUCGAGGCCUUCCUGGCGGCGGGCUAUGGGGUCCUGUUCUUGUAUCGCGCUCGCUCAGCCUUUCCCUAUGCCCAUCGCUUCCCGCCUCAGACCUGGCUGGCCGCCUUGCGGCCCGCUGGCCCACCUCAGGCGGGCCUCCUGAGCCUAGAAGCCGAGGAGAAGGCGCUCCCGGGCUUCGCUGCGGCUCUGCGGAGCUACCAGGAGGCAGCGACUGCCGGCACCUUCCUGGCGGUAGAGUUCACCACUUUGGCGGACUAUCUGCAUCUGCUGCAAGCUGCGGCCCAGGCGCUCAACCCACUAGGCCCUUCUGCGAUGUUUUACCUGGCUGCGGCCGUGUCAGAUUUCUAUGUUCCUGUCUCUGAAAUGCCUGAACACAAGAUCCAGUCAUCUGGGGGCCCACUGCAGAUAACAAUGAAGAUGGUGCCAAAAAUGCUCUCUCCUUUGGUUAAAGAUUGGGCUCCCAAAGCAUUUAUAAUUUCCUUUAAGUUGGAGACUGAUCCUUCCAUCAUAAUUAAUCGUGCUCGGAACGCUUUGGAAGUUUAUCAGCAUCAAGUGGUGGUGGCUAAUAUCCUUGAGUCAAUACACUCCUCUGUGGUUAUUGUAACCAAAGACUCGGAAACCAAGUUAUUGCUGACAGAGGAAGAGGUAGCAAAAGGCAUAGCGAUAGAAGAGAAAAUAGUAGAUAAUCUUCAAUCUCGACACACAGCUUUUAUAUGUGACAGAAAUUGAACUAAAAAUCUCAAAAAUUAUUAUAGGAUCAAAAAUUAUUGAGUGGACCAGGUCUUCUACAGAUGUCAAGAACCGAAUAAAUCCUUUGCUUUCCUAAGAACAAAGAAAAUGAAGGGAACAGUUAAAGUGGUGUGUGCAGGCUAAUAAUGGGUUGAUAUUUCUCUUUUAAUGGCCACUUGACACACCUGAAUGUCAUUGUGAUUUGGAAAUUGAACCCUAGAACUGUAUCUCACAUUUUUGAAAAAGCUGUUAGGAAUUCACUACCAAAAAUAUAUGUGGAGGGCUGAAUGCUGAAGAUCAGCUUAAUACAUACUGUAGAAGGAGGAUUAUGGAUACAUGAGUAGCUGUGCUUUGAAGAGCAAGUAUUUGUUGAGUGCCUACUAUGUGCCAGGCCCAUGGUGAGCUGUGAAGAUUGAAAAUGAAUAAACAUGUCUCAUUUAGGAAAUGGAUGUAUAAAAAAUGAAGUGCAAUAAAGUGUAUGCCCACAAACCAA